UUAAAAAAACCAAAAACAACACACACAAAGGAGAGAGAGAGAGCUCCUCUUCUGUUUAUGCAUCUGCAUCUUCUCUUUCCUUGCUUUCCCGAGCUUCCCUCUCUCUAUCUCUCCCCUGGAAUCACCCCUUUUUAGUUUCUUUCUGCAUCUUCCAUUGUUCGUUGUUCUUGUUCUUCUUCCCACGAUGGGUAAAGAAAGGGAAAAAGAAAGAGUAGACAAGAAGAUGUUUGUUGGAGUUGUAAUGAACUGUGCUGCGGAGCUUAAGCUUUUUUUAACAGCUCUUUUAAUUCUCUGCUGUAUAGCUACUCUUCUACAGUUUAUUCCUUCUCGUUUCUCUAUCUCCACCUCUGAUCUUCGCUUCUGUAUCUCCAGAAUCACCACCACUACUACCACCACCACCACAACCACCACCUCCUCCAUUGGUCACCCAGAAACCCAACUAAAUUCAUCUCUUGCUACUACGCCUCAUAACUCAUCAGCCUCCUCUGUUCAACAAGGUGAAGAAGUUCGUGACAAUGGCAUUAUUAAGAGGAUCUUUAAUCCUUAUGGUGCUGCAGCUUACAACUUCAUCACCAUGGGUACUUACAGAGGUGGACUCAAUACUUUUGCCAUUAUAGGCUUGUCUUCAAAACCUCUUCAUCUUUAUGCAAAACCCACCUACCAAUGCGAGUGGGUUCCGCAACCCUCCUCUUCCGACAACUCUUCCGCCGUCCCCAUCACCUCCACUGCUUACAAGAUACUUCCUGAUUGGGGAUAUGGCCGCGUUUACACUGUUGUUGUUGUGAAUUGUACGUUUUCUCAACCCAUAAACACUAAUAAUUCAGGUGGGAAAUUGUUCCUACACGCCUCCACAUCAGGCGGUGGUGACAAAAACUUCAACAUUACCGACAGAUUUGAGGUUCUUCAAGAACAAUCAGGGAAAUUAAACUUGACUGUUUUCACAUCCAAACCCAAAUACGAAUAUUUGUAUUGCGGGUCUUCUCUCUAUGGUGGUUUGAGUCCACAGAGAGUCAGGGAAUGGAUUGCUUACCAUGUGAGGCUAUUUGGCGAGAGAUCCCAUUUUGUGAUACACGAUGCAGGUGGGGUUCAUGAGGAGGUGAUGGAGGUUUUGAGGCCAUGGAUGGAUUUGGGAUAUGUGACAUUGCAGGACGUAAGAGAGCAAGAGAGGUUUGAUGGGUAUUACCAUAACCAGUUCAUGGUGGUUAAUGACUGCUUGCAUAGGUACAAAUUUGUGACCAAGUGGAUGUUCUUCUUUGAUGUUGAUGAGUACAUUUAUGUGCCUCCAAAGAAUACCAUCAAGUCUGUGUUGGAUUCUCUCUCCGAUUAUACCCAAUUCACUAUUGAGCAGAUGCCCAUGAGCAGCAAGCUCUGCCUCUCGGCUGAUUAUGGUAGAUAUUACAGGAAAUGGGGGUUUGAGAAGCUUGUAUAUAGAGAUGUCAAGAGAGGUAUAAGAAGAGACCGCAAAUACGGUAUCCAACCGAGGAAUGUUUUCGCAACUGGAGUGCAUAUGUCACAGAACCUAGCUGGGAAGUCUACACACAAGACGGAGAACAGGAUCAAAUAUUUCCAUUACCAUGGAACUAUAGCACAAAGGCGCGAACCCUGUCGUAACCUACUCAAUGUUACAGAGAUCAACUUUGAAAACAACCCUUAUGUUCUGGAUACAACAAUGCGUGAUAUUGCCUGGACUGUGAAGAAAUUUGAGCAGAGAAAGAUCGGCAAGAGGUUACAAAACACGCGGCAAUGACAGAUAUCAUAUAUAUAUAUAUAUAUAUAUAUAUACGUUCUUUUAUUUCUUUAUAGGAUUUUUUUUUUCGCCUUUUCUUUAAGUAAUUCUUCUUCUUUUGUUAUUUAUAUUGAUCUGAGUAUAGAAUAUUUUUUUUUUUUUUUUUUUUUUUUUUUUUUUUUUUUUUUUUUAUGAUGAUCGAUAAUGCUUCUUUUGUUUAUGAAUGAAUAUAUAGAAACAUAUUAUAUAUAUAUAUUUGCAUUCUUUUUUUGCAGUUUUUCAUUUUUGUUGUUUAUUUGCGAAGGGUAUUAAAAUUUGAGAGAAACACUUAUAUAUACCUAUUCUAUUAUUGGUUAAAGAUGAAUAUGUAAAUUUUGUUUAUUUUAUAUAUGAUUUUUCUAUUGGGUAUGAUGUUUUGGACCUUUUCAGAAAUUUAAUUGAUUGCCUGUCGAUGAGAGGGACUUGCCAAGGUCACCACCAAUGGAAGGCGGACGUGUGGUGUUUGCUUGCUCAUACUGGCUGGCUGGCUGCUGCACCUUUAAUUUUUUACCUAUCCUCAUCAUACCCAGAAUGAGUUGAUGCAUAAAAGGAUUUUUUAGGUGCAUUCAACCUAAAGCAACAUGUAAUAUUAGUUUUUGGGUACUCACAGGCUGUGAUCUUUUCAUCU